UUGUUUUUUCUGAAUAAUCCCCUUUGAUUUUCCAUGUUAUGUUAGAGAUAUGUAUGCUGUUGUAACAUUGAAUUGUUAAAUUGGUAGAUUCUCACUCAAUAUGGUUAUUUCUCAAGAGGAAGCUGACAAUGAUCAUGCAAGCGGAUCGAAAGGAUCAAGCGUUGGGGAAAACAGUUUGGAUUCUAUAGAGUCUGAAGAGCAUGAUGAUGAUAUGUCUGAUGCGAGCGGAUCGGAAGAAUCAAGCGAUGAAGAAAACCUUGUGGAUUCUCUAAUGUCUGAAAUGAUUAAUGAGUGGUAUGAUGAGAUGUAUGAUGAUUUAACAGACGGACUCGAUGAUAUUCUUGCUGCUAGAAUCCCUUCACUUAGCGCUCUACGAACCAGCAAUAAGCAACCCUCAGAUUCCAACAAGACUAGUAUUGUGUUUGAUUCAAUGAAGGCACUCCAUGAUCUACCUGGUGUUAGGAUGUGGUCGCCUUUAUACCGUGCAUCGUUGACUCAUUUUCAGGCUGAUGUUACUCAUAGAGAGGCCUUCUUGGCAUUUUCUGAUCCUGAGGAUAAGAUUUGCUACUUAGAGAACAAGACUGGCAAAAAGAGAGAUGAAUGACUUUUGUUAUGAUUCUGACCUUUGCUUUUGCUUAUUAAAAUGUUUUCCUAUUGAAGUAAUCUGCAAGAGGAAUGAUCUCAAAAGAAGAUAUCUAAUUCUGUGUUGUAUUUGUUUAGAAGACAUUUUCAAGUGUUAUUCUUACAGUUUAAACAUUUCUUCUACCCACAUGAUGGGUUUUACUAUCUUCUACUCUUUUUCUUCUUCUUUCUAAAACAAAACGUAAAAGAAAAACAUUGCAAGAGAUGCAACGCAAGAGCUUCUAAGGCCAAGCAAAGUCAAUGUCACUGUUAUCAACAUCCCACACUCCAAGACCGAUCUCAUCAAACAACUGCUC